AUGGCCUUAGUUAGCAAGCCGAAAAGACCUAUGAUCUCCCUCCAAUCUAGCCUCUCCACAACCCUUUGUUUUAUUGUAGUUUUCACAAUCCCAGCUCUUCUUCUCCUUCACACCCCUUCAAGUUCAGUAUGCAAAAAUUCAUUUACUCAAAUCAAGUCAUGGUCAGGUGAUCUUCGCACUGCUGAAUUUGCUUGGAAUCGUCUAAAGUUCAACCAUGAAAAUCCCCCAUCAGAAACUCUUAAAAUCGCCGUCUUCUCAAGAAAAUGGCCAACUAGUGCCACCCCUGGUGGCAUGGAGCGCCAUGCGCACACCUUACAUACUGCUUUAGCUCGCCGUGGACAUCAGGUUCAUGUCUUCACUUCUCCACCUGAUCAAGAUGAUAAUGUUCCACGAGAAAGUCAAUCUUUUUCACCUGUAAUUCAUUGGCACGAGGGUGAACCGGGAAGAUGGCGGUAUAAUAAAGCUUUGGAGCAAUAUGAAGCAGAAAACAAUCGCCGAGAAUUUGAUGUAAUUCAUACAGAAAGUGUAGCACUUCCGUUCCAUGUAGCACGUCGUGUUCCAAACCUAGUCGUAUCAUGGCACGGUAUAGCCCUCGAGAGCGUGCAGUCUAGUAUAUAUCAAGAUUUGGCACGGCUGCCUAACGAGCCGAUUUCUCCUGCUUUUAAUAGUAGUCUACAUGGGGUGAUCCCCAAAGUUCUGAAUGAGAUUAGAUUCUUCAGAAACUAUGCUCACCAUGUUGCUAUAAGCGACAGCUGUGGAGAGAUGCUAAGGGAUGUGUACCAAAUUCCAAGUAGACGAGUUCAUGUUAUUGUCAAUGGCGUAAAUGAGAAAGAUUUUCAAGAAGAUUUGAGAUUAGGCAAUCAAUUCAGAGCCAAAAUUGGUGUGCCUCAAAAUGCAAGCUUAGUACUUGGUGUUGCUGGAAGGCUAGUGAAGGAUAAAGGUCAUCCAUUGCUAUAUGAAGCCUUCUCAAAACUCAAGGAGAAAAACAGUGAUGUUUACUUGAUAGUUGCAGGCUCUGGACCAUGGUUACAAAGAUAUAGAGAUUUAGGGCCUCAAGUGAUUGCUUUAGGCUCAAUGAAUCCAUCAGAAUUACACGCUUUUUAUAGCUCUAUUGACAUUUUUGUUAAUCCAACGCUUAGACCACAGGGGCUUGAUCUCACACUCAUGGAAGCUAUGAUGAGUGGAAAGCCUGUGAUGGCUUCAAGAUUCCCUAGCAUUAAGGGUACAAUUCUUGUAAAUGAUGAAUUUGGAUUCAUGUUUUCGCCGAAUGUAGAAUCCUUGUUAGAGGUUUUGGAGUUGGUGGUGGCAGAAGGAUCAAAGAGACUGUCACAGAGAGGAAAGUCAUGUAGAGACUAUGCAUCUUCAAUGUUUACUGCACAGAAAAUGGCAUUAGCAUAUGAGAGAUUGUUCCUUUGCAUCAAGAAUGAAACGUUUUGUAACUACAUUUAG